GACCGAUUAUUACAAAAGUAAAUUUAAAAAGCACGUCAUUGUAUUGAAUGCGUGCGUUUUAACAAAGAAACAGUGCAAAUUUUUCGAGAAACUUGAUUACGCUUAAUUGGUAAAUUGCUGUUGAUAACUGCCAAUUUCCAAGACAAUGGUCUCGAGAGAAGUCGCUUUAUUGCUGGUGUUUGCCCAAUUGGGACUUUGCCGUAUUUUGAUUAUUGCACCGUCGCCCCCUCAGCCAAACGAAGUCGCGAAAAUGGCUCGCUACAUUAUGCGUAAUUCAGACUGGGUUUCUAUCGCCACUACAUCAACCCAAAAAGCCAUACAGGGCUACCCUUUCGUGUCCCUAAAAUCGGUCAGUGAUGGCCCUUUGACCAAUAGUACGGGAAUCCCCUAUUUGUACAUGACAGACCUUGAUGUUUCAGGGCAAGAUAUUAACAAAGACAACAGGUGCACAAUUAUGGCAUCUCUCGCUGAAUCAGAUUAUUGCAAGCAGAAAGAUUUUGACCCACAAGACCCACGAUGUGCCAAACUUAUUAUCACAGGAAAAAUGCUUAAGAUAGAUAAGUCAAGUCCGGAGUAUCAGUUCGGACAAGACGCGCUUUUCUCCAAGCAUCCUUCAAUGAAAUGGUGGCCGAAAGACCAUGAUUUUUACGUUUCCAAAGUCGAUAUUGAACAAAUCGCAGUGCUUGAUUUCUUUGGUGGGAUUAAGUAUGUUUCAAAGGAAGAUUAUUUUAGCGCAAACGAAACAAUCAGCGACAUUCCCUUCGCUAAGGUGGAAUUUGUUGAAAUGACGGCGUAAAAAUACAAUACACAGCCGAAUUUUAUUUAAAUAUUCAUACAAUUUUUCUCUUACAUCACAAUAAAAAUUACAAUAGUAUUAAAAAUUUUAAACGAAAA